AUGUCAGAUAGAACAGCACUUUCUGGCGGCAACUUUACGGCCACAAGACACUCCACGACUUAUGACUAUAUUUCCCCAGUCAAGCUGGACUUUGCUGGAAAAAAUAUUCUGAUCACAGGGGCAGCGUGGCAGGACGGAGUUGGAUAUGCUACAGCUACAGCCUUUGUACGCGCAGGAGUUUCAGCGAUAGCAUUAGCUGAUCUCUACGGUGUAUCAGAUGAUCUUGUCAUGAAGCUUAAGCUGGCUGCUACGCAAGCCGGACGUUCAGAGCCUGUGGUGCUGAGCUGCACCGUUGACAUCUCAAAGCAAGACAGUGUUCAAAAAAUGUAUGAAAUCGUAUCAGAGAGGUUUGGUGGACGUCUGGAUAUCGUCGUCAACAAUGCAGCUCAUAUGGAACCAUACAAGCCGUUACUCGAUUCCGAUCCAGAUAUAUACUGGCGAACUUGGGAGGUCAACGUUCACGGACUCCUGAAUAUUACUCGUGCAUUCCUUCCCAUGCAGCUUUUGACUCGUUCAAGCAACAAUGGUUUAUGCACAAUGAUCAAUGUAUCCUCUUCAGGUGCAUUGAGCGCUCGUCCUGGAAGCGCGAGCUAUCGAAGCUCAAAGCUUGCGAUUUUGAGGUUGACCGAGUCUCUACAGUUGGAAUAUAGCGAUCAAGGACUUCUGACCUUUUGUGUCAAUCCAGGCGCGAUCAAGACGAAGAUUACUGAGACUGUGCCUGAGACGGUGCGGAAUUUAUUUCCUGAUCAACCAGAGAUCGCUGGAGAUACGAUUGCAUGGUUAGCUGCUGAACGUAAGGAGUGGCUCGGUGGAAGGUACGUGAGCUGUCCAUGGGAUAUGGAAGAGUUUAUGAAGAAGAAGGAUGAGAUUAUCGAAAAGGAUCUCCUUAAAACGAGAAUGGCAUUCUGA